AUGGAGGAAGGUGGGGAUGACGUCAAUUCCGCAUGGCCCUUAUGGGCUGGGCCACACACGUGCUACAAUGGCAAUGACAAUGGGAAGCAAGGCUGUAAGGCGGAGCGAAUUCGGAAAGAUUGCCUCAGUUCGGAUUGUUCUCUGCAACUCAGGAACAUGAAGUUGAAAUCGCUAGUAAUCGCGGAUCAGCAUGCCGCGGUGAAUAUGUACCCGGGCCCUGUACACACCGCCCAUCACACUUUGGGAUUUGGUUUCGCCCGAAGCAUCAGACCAAUGAUCACCCAUGACUUCUGUGUACCACUAGUGCCACAAAGGCCUUUGGUGGUCUUAUUGGCGCAUACCACGGUGGGGUCUUCGACUGGGGUGAAGUCAUAA